AUGGUUGGAAUUGAUGAAUUCUUUAAGAGCAGUAGGCCGGCUCCGAAGAAAAAGACAGAACCAUCUGGUGGUUUAACUGCUGAGGAUAUCUUGGCUACCAUUCCAGAUGCUCAUUUACCCGACGUCGUAGAAGAUAAAAAGUUCAAUUUCUUUGCUCAUGCGAAAGCAACUUCUUCAACUGGAGGAGCAGACACUCCUGAAAUACCAAGUGCUAAGGAGAAUUGUUUAUCAGGAUUGACUAUUGUAUUCACAGGAGUGUUGCCUAGUUUAGAUCGUGAUGCAGCUGAAAAUUUAGCUAAAAAAUAUGGUGCCAAAGUCACAAAAUCUAUCUCCAGUAAGACUAGUUUAGUAGUAAUUGGAGAUGAAGCAGGUCCAUCAAAGGUGAAAAAGAUUAAACAAUUCAAAUUAAAAGCGAUUGAUCAGGAAGGUUUUAUCAGAUUAUUAUCUGAAAUGCCAGCAGAAGGAGGUGAUAGUGAAGCCGCAUAUAAAGCAAAAUUAAAACGUGAAGAUGAAGAACGUAAAAUAUUACAACAAAUUAAAGAAGAAGAAGAUGCUGCACAAGCUAAAAAAUUGGCCAGACAGAAUGAACUUAAGGUAAAACAAGAAGAAUUGGUAAAGAAAGCCGCUUCAUCAAAUCGUUUACCACCUGAACCAGUUAAAGAAAUCAGUGACGAUGAGAAGUUAUGGACGGUUAAAUAUGCUCCUACUAAUACCGCUCAAUUAUGUGGUAAUAAAGGACAAAUUCAAAAAUUAAAGAACUGGUUAGAUAACUGGUUUGAUAAUGCAAAACAUGGAUUCAAAAAUGCAGGACCUGAUGGUUCAGGGAUUUUUAGAGCUUGUUUAAUUAGUGGUCCACCUGGUAUUGGUAAAACAAGUUCUGCUCAUAUUGUAGCUGAAGCUCUUGGAUUUGAUGUGUUAGAGAAGAAUGCAUCUGAUGUUAGAUCAAAGACUCUUUUGAAUUCGAAUUUGAAGGAAGUUUUAACUAAUACAUCUGUGGUUGGUUUCUUUAAAGCCAAAGAUAGUAAUGAACAUAAUAAGAAUGAUAAGAGAUUUUGUCUUAUUAUGGAUGAAGUUGAUGGUAUGUCAAGUGGUGAUCAUGGAGGUGCUGGUGCUUUAUCAGCCUUUUGUAGAAUUACUAAGAUGCCAAUGAUUUUAAUUUGUAAUGAUAAAUCCUUACCUAAAAUGAGAACUUUUGAUCGUGUUACUUAUGAUUUACCAUUCAGACGUCCAACUGAAGUAGAAGUUAGAUCUCGAUUAAUGACUAUAGCUCACCGUGAAAAUAUUAAAUUAGAUCCAACUGUUAUUGGACAAUUGGUUCAAGCCACUAAUAACGAUAUAAGACAAAUGAUUAAUUUAUUAUCAACUGUAUCCAAAACUCAAAAAAGUAUUGGAUCAGAUGAAGCUAAAGACGUUGCCAAAAGUUGGAAGAAACAAACUAUAUUAAAACCCUUUGAUAUUACAAGUCGAUUAUUAAACGGACAAAUUUAUUUACCAAAUUCAAAUCAUUCCUUGAAUGACAAGAUUGAUUUAUAUUUUAAUGAUAUUGAUUUUGCCCCAUUAAUGAUUCAAGAAAAUUAUUUAUCAACUUCUCCAUUAGGAGUUCAUACUCAACCUGAACAUCUUGAACGAGUUGCAUUGGCAGCUGAUGAUAUUUCAUUAUCGGAUCAAAUCAAUUCACUUAUUAGAUCGAGUGAGCAACAAUGGAGUCUUUUACCAUUCCAUGGGGUUAUGUCAUCAGUUAAACCAUCACUGGAAGUGGCAGGUAAUAUUAAUCAACGAAUUAAUUUUGCUGGUUGGUUAGGACAAAAUUCAAAGACAAUGAAAUAUCAACGAUUAUUACAAGAAUUACAAUAUCAUACCAGAUUAAGAACUUCUACCGAUAAGAAGGAAUUAAGAUUGGAUUAUUUAUCAUUAUUAUCUAAAAAGUUAACUUUACCAUUAGUUAAACAACAAGAAUUAGGGAUUGAAGAAGUUAUAGAUGUAAUGGAUUAUUAUUAUUUAACGAGAGAAGAUUGGGAUUCUAUAAUUGAUUUUGGAGUGGGUCAAGAUAAAGGUGAUGUUAUAUUACAGAAAAUUCCUACUAAAGUUAAAUCAACAUUUACUAGAAAAUAUAAUGCUGCCACUCAUCCUAUAGCUAUUUAUAAGACAGGUAAUUCAGUUACAAGUGGAGGAUCAAGAAAGGAGAAGGUUGAUUAUGAGGAUGUUGUAGAUGAUGAUACUGCUAAAGAUGAAGAAGAUGAACUGCAAGCUGAUUCUAGUGAUAAAAUCGAUAGUAAAAAGGAUAAAUUAAUUAAAGAAGUUAAACCCAAAGCUAGAAAACCCGCUGCUAAGAAGAAGAAGACAUCUUAA